AUGGCUUCACUAAGCUGUCUCAAUAAAUCUAUUUUGGCAAAAAUUAUCAAUUUUUACGAUUUUAAUGAAUUCAAGACUGACAUCAAUCAUACAGAGACUAAAUGUGGAUGUGUUGUAAGGAUUUGGAAAGAUUGUAAUCUCUUAGUUACUUUUAAACCAUUGAAAAAAAAGGAUUUUAUUGUUAAAGAGGUUGAAAUUUUACAAAAUGUUAGCUUUCAUCCCAACAUUUCUCGACUUUAUGGAAUUACUAAAG